CCGAGUGACCGGGGAAAUUCCAGUCCCACGUAGUCAACGUCCCCAAAUAGAGCCACAUUCCAACACAGUCUCUGUAUAUUGCUCAGCUCCUGAUAAUCAAGAUGGAAGAACUGACGCAUGAAGAGCGGACAUUGCUCUUGGAUGCAUUCAAAAUUAUGGACAAGGAAAACGAGGGUGCCAUCACCUCCAAGGAGCUGGCAGUGGUAAUUCGCGCCCUCGGUCGUCAGCCUUCUGAUAACGAGGUUCAGUCUAUGAUUAACGAGGUGGACUCGGACGGCAAUGGGUCCAUUGAGGCUCCGGAAUUCUGUGCCGUGAUUCUGCGCCAGAUGUGCGACACCAAUCACGAGGACGAGCUGCGUGAUAGCUUCCGAGUGUUUGACAAGGAGAAUCAGGGAUAUAUAACCAUCACCGAGGUGAAGAGUGUCAUGACCGCGCUGGGUUUUAAAGUGGCCGACGAGGAGCUGGAGGAAAUUAUUCGCGAGUACGAUUUAGAUCAGGACAAUCGUAUCAAUUACGAGGAGUUUGUCAACAUGAUGACGAUGAGAUAACCUCCUUUCAUGGAGGUCCCUUUGACUUUUAUGUCAUUACUAUAUUUUCAGUUUAUUUAAAAAGGGAGUUGACAUUGAAACACAACCCAAAGAUCCACAAAACUACAUUAAUAUAUACAACAAAAAAAC